UCUGUUUAGCAUGACCAAAUGUUUUGUUUUCUCCCCCCCCUAAAGAAAUGGGUCAGAUGAGCUAACGCGGACACCUACGACGGCAAACGCUUGUCAGAAAAAAGUCUUCUCAGCUCAGUCUUCUCUGAGCUGCUGGCUUUUUUUUUUUUUUUUUUUUUUUACUCACAGUGACCUUGUACCAGCCUUCACGAAUACACAGCCAUGGGGAAUACAAGCAGUGAGAGGGCUGCCAUGGGCCAUGGGGAGAAGGGUCAGCGGAGGGACAGCCGAGGUACCAAGGAUGGAGGGGGGCCAAAAAUCCUGAUGGACAGCCCUGAGGAUGCAGAUAUUUUUCACGGUGAAGACAUGAAAGCUCCUCUGGAGAAAGAGGAGUUCCUUGCAUGGCAGCAAGACUUGGAAGUAGAUGACAAAGGGCCAACUCUAGACCGACCAACAGUCUUUCGCUGGACUGGAGAUGGCAAGGAGGUCUACCUCUCUGGAUCCUUCAACAACUGGGCCAACAAGAUUCCUCUCAUACGAAGUCAGAACACCUUUGUGGCCAUUGUUGAUCUGCCAGAAGGGGAGCAUCAGUACAAGUUCUAUGUGGACGGCCAGUGGACCCACGACCCAGCUGAGCCAGUUGUGACCAGUCAGCUCGGGACGGUCAACAACAUCAUCCAGGUGAGGAAAACAGACUUCGAGGUGUUCGACGCUCUCAUGGUGGACUCGCAGAAAUGCUCCGACAUGUCAGAUCUCUCCAGCUCUCCUCCCGGGCCGUAUCAUCAGGACGCCUAUGUGCCUAAACAGGAAGAGAAGAUUAAGUCUCCCCCCAUCCUCCCCCCUCACCUGCUACAGGUCAUCCUCAACAAAGACACUGGGAUUUCUUGUGACCCUGCACUACUACCAGAACCCAACCAUGUCAUGCUCAACCACCUCUACGCUCUUUCCAUAAAGGAUGGAGUGAUGGUGCUCAGCGCGACACAUCGCUACAAGAAGAAGUAUGUCACCACGCUGCUAUACAAGCCCAUCUGAUUGAAGACUUUUUUAAUCCGGUCAGAGUGUGCAAACCUGUACACUGAAUGUACAAAAUAUCAGCUCCACCGCAGGGCAAUCCAGGACCUGGGUGAGAAUCUCAGAUUGAGCUAAAGCUAAUAACAGCUCGGAGAUUAUAUUUUGUACACUCCCUGUAUAUCUGGUUAUUGUGCACAUCUGUUGUGGAUGAUAAAUGUUGCUCAGUCAUUCCAAUCCUACAUAACCUGCCUUUAUUUGUUCACUGAUUGCCCUCUGUAGUGAAACAACACUAUCUUUGCUUCGUUAGAUAGGCAGUAAGUAUGGAGGUUGGACAUUAUGGCUCGUCUGUGGUCAAUACGAACAGAAAUGUAAUGAGGAGUAGGGCUGGGCCAUAUGGAGAAAAAUCAAAACGUACAACAACAUGAGAUUUGAGACCAGUAAUGUGGACGUAACCACUAACUAAGCAGAGGCAAACGUUUAUGUUAUGCAGCCUUUAAAACAAGCAAAAGGCAACACUUUCCCCACAUAUCUGGUCUCGUAUCAGGAUAUUGAAAAAAAUAUCAAUAUAUUGCUCAGCCCUAAUGGUAUGUUUCCUAAUGCUUGGAAAAUCUGACUGAAAGCCCUCAGAUGCGUGAGGUUGCUACAGUGUUUCAUUGAAAACACAACAGCAGUACAAUCGAGAAUGUGAAUGUGGAGGUGAAAAGAAGGCGAGAAUGCACUGCAGUAGUUCUCCACUGUUUUCUUUUGCCUGUUAAUCUUGAGGACGUGUCAAGUUUUAUUUACUGAUGAUAACAAAGCACACGUAUUAUCAUUUGUGAAAUAUUCCGUAAUGUUUUUUGUUUUCUACUUUGGUUGAUGAUGUGGUUUGUUUUGUUGUCAAAGAGUUUCUAUAGUUUGUUGCAGUGUUGUGGUAAAGAUUUAGACAAGAGCAGCUCUUUAGUUAGGAUUAAGACAAACAUAGUUUUGUUUAAACUUUAUUAGCUUUGCACUAUGAGAACAAAAGUUUAUUUUUAAUGUAGAAUAUGCAUACAGUGUAUGUACACUUGCAGCACGACAAUGCAUCAGAAGAAUAACGCUGACUCUUUUUACUGGUCUUCACACUGAAUCACAUAAUUUUCUUUUUAUACAAUUUAAAUGCAUUCCAGAAAUGAACAGUCACUCCAGAAAGUUGUUCCCCUCUGGCUUACUCAGAAUGGCUUCAUCGCUUUGUGCCAUGGAACAUUGCCAAUCUUUUAAUAGCAGCUCCAGUUUUAGUUGAAUUGAGGAAAAGAAAAGACAUAACAGGAAACUAAAUAUUGAAGAUAAUUGACUGAAAUAAGGGAAGGUACAAGACAGUCAUGUGACCAACAGUACCUUAUAGAAUCCCGAUGAAGGGACCAGAAAAGGAUCAUGUGACAGUCGUACUGUUAGUGAAGAUUUUUUCACGUUUGUACUGUUAAUGUAUUUCGUGAAGUCCGAAGGACAAGAAUGUGUUUUAAGUUAAAAAGCUAGUCGUAUCUAUUUACAUCAAUGUAUCAUUGUUAUGAUUGCAACGAUGAAAUGAGACCAUGAUGUUAAUUAUUUCUGUUCUGCAGGCCAGUGGAGGCUGACAAUCUCCUCAGUAAAGAUCUCAUUGUUUGUAUGCUGUUGUCUCAGACUGACAUGGUAAUAAGUUAUUGAUGGGAAAAUGCUAGACGUUCAAUAAAUUGCAUUAUCAAAAAACAACAUUGACCCUUUGAACCCUGCUGGUGUGUGAAUUCAUUUUUUCCAUUUUGAGAGAUAUUUGUAUUAAAGAUGAAGAUACAAAUUCA